AUGGAAACAAAGACAUUAUCACAAUCAAUCAAUCAACAUAUUGGUGAAUCAUAUAAUGGAAAGGUGUACAAGUAUCAUGGUACAUCAUAUAUUUACCAGGCCAAUCAUCAACGUCAUAUAUCAAAGUAUUCCAAGAGGAAGGCAAGAGAUAUCCAAGCUCAAUUGGAGUUGGCCAGUCAUCAUGCCAACAAUCUCAACAACCUCAACAGCAAUGGACAACAACCAGAAGUAGUGGCAGAUGAGGCAGUAGUGGCAGCAGCCAAUUUAAACAUCAGUGGCAAUCAUAUUAGUAAUGUCACUCAUAUUCAAUCUGAGCCACAAGGACCUAGCAACACAAGCCAAGAAGAUAGCAUACUUGGUGUCAGUUCCAAGUUCAAGAAGAUGACUCUCAAUGUAUCAGCUUCGACUCAGAAGUACCUUGAGAAGCUUGGUGCAGCUGCAGGCCAGACCCGUUCGCAAAGAACUGACUCCAACGACAUUGACGAGUUGAAGCUACUUCUUCAUCAGCUCAAGAAGGAUAUGAGGGCCAUUGAGAAGGUUGGCAAAUCAAUCAUAGAGUCAACUCAAAAGGAGACAUCAGGUAUACUGUUUGGAGAGUUGAUCAAAGGGUUUGGAGAGGGUGCAUUCAAGUCAACGAAUGAGGGAAUGGCAUUGAGAGAGCUUGGUGAACAUAUUAUGGGCUUUGAAGAGGACCGCAUGGAAGAGAAGAUGGACAAUGUUGGAGGGAUGGUCGAGCCCAUGGUUCUAUUCUAUCGCGAGGAUCUAAAGAAGUCCAGAGAGCUCAAGAGGAAACAAAAUAUGUGUAGGAUUAAGUUUGAACAGGCCACGAUGAACUUGAAAGAGACAAAGAAGAAGCAUGACUUGUUCUCCAACAAGAUGAUCAAUGCAAAGAAGGAGUUGGAGGACUCCAAGAACAUGUAUAGUGGCACAACAAAGGAGUUUAUGGAGAACAUGAAUUCUAACAAGGCCACGCUUCAGUCAAACUUGAAGAAGAUGAUCAAAGAGUAUGCCAGUGUCCAAAUCGACAGUUACCGCGAGGCCAUGGAGUCCUGGGAGGACAUCUACGACUCGUUGGACAUCAUCCUCCCCGAGGACGAGGAGGAAGAAGAGGAGAAUGUGACUGCCAAAGCUGGUCCAGGUCAGAAGUAG